ACAGGACCCAAGACGUCUUGAAUUGAAUUGAAAACACCGAAACAUGCUUUGCCGAACUCAUUUGCUGACACAAUAGCGAGCAUAUUAGAAACACCGUCGAAAAACAAUUCAUAUUUUUGUCGCGUGCCAUCUUGGCAGGUCUGGCAAUCCAGACGGUGGUGUUUUUCAUCUGCUUCUUGUUCCUGGUCUUCCUUAUCAUCAUCCCCAUAUUUUACGGGCGCAACCUAAUGGUCUUCGAGAUUGCUGGCAAGGCUUGGCCUGCGUGGGUGACAGUGAUCCUGGUCACUGUGCUUCAGCAUGUCGCUGCCAAAUUUGCCUUUGUCAAAAAAGACGCUGGCACCCGAGACUUAAAUAACAGGGGGAGUUUGUUCCUUCUGACUUAUCUGCUGUUUCUCAUCAACACCGUGGUGGGACUCAUAGUGGCGAUAUGGCGAAUGGUCAUCACGGCACUGUACAACAUUGUGCAUCUUGGCCGUGUCGACAUCAGUCUGCUGCACCGCGCUGCAGAAGCCUAUGACCCAGCAUAUCACUACUACACACAAUUUCUGAAGACGGAGGUGAGCCAGACACACCCGGUGUUGAAAGCUUUUUGUGGGUUGCUGCUGAACGUCACGGUUGAAGGCGGCCGAGCAGGCCAGAAAAUACGAGAUGCAGAGGAAGGGAUCCAGGAAAGCUCGCCGAACAGAUCGACCGGCGGUCGUAGGAUUCGCUCCCGCUGGCAGCUGGUGUACACGUUGGUCAACAACCCCUCCCUCCUGGGCUCCAGGAAGCACUUCCAGACAACGCAGAGCUUGGAGAGCGUCCUCAACGGAAGCCCAAAACGCAGCAAGCAGACAAACAGCAAGAGGGAGGCGAGCAAGGCGUCGUCCACUGAGCCAUCCAAUGAGAACCAAGAUAAAAGCCGUUGAGAAGCUCAUUGCCGCAGCGCUGUAAACUAUUGUCGAAAUUAUGUCAGAAGGAAGUCGGGCGCUUAGAUGAUAUUUGUAAAAAAAGUGAGAAGCUAAUUUGAAUAACUGCGACAACCACCGUCCAUGAUUUAUAAUACGGUUGAGCCUCGUUUCAAUGUCCCCCGUUGACGUUUUCACCCCUGCGACGUUCACAUUUCAAAGUCCCAAUUCCACGUAAAUCGUUUUCCAUUUGCCGAUUUUG